AUGGAUCGUCUGAAGUUAGUCCUGCAGUACUUUCAGUCCAAUUCUGAGUCAAUUUCCAAUGGCAUCUGUAUUAUCCUGGCCCUGGUCAGUGUCAAGCUGUACACCAGCUUUGACUUUAACUGCCCUUGCCUUCCUCAGUACAACAAGCUGUACUCUCUAGGUGUGAUGAUUGUGCCCCCCAUCAUACUCUUUUUCCUGGGGGUCCUAGUCAACAGACAUACAGGAGUCAUGAUGGAGGAGUGGAUGAGACCCGUUGGGAACAGAUCUAAAAAUCCUGCUGUGGUAAAGUACCUGUUCUCAGCCAUGAUACAGAGGGCCCUGCUGGCCCCCAUGGUGUGGAUCCUGGUCACUCUGCUGGAUGGAAAGAUCUUCAUCUGUGCCUUUAGUGUUAGUGUAGACCCUGCACUCUUCUCAGGUUUGCCCAACAACACAGGUCUGGAUGUGAUCAAAAUCAUGGCCAAAGUGCCCUGCAAGGAGGACAUUAUCUUCAGGAACAGCUCUUUCCGCAAAGCAGUCUCUCGUUACGUUCGCUGCUAUUCCCAGGCAGUUGGCUGGUCCAUCCUCCUCUUCCUGAUUGUGCUUGGAGCCAUGGGACGCCUCAUCAAGCCCUACUUCGAUGACCACGCCACCUCUCUGCAGACACGCUACUGGAGCAACUACCUGGACGUGGAGCAAAAGCUCUUUGAGGAAACCUGUGUCCUGCAUGCUCGUGACUUCGCCCGGAAGUGUGUGGUGCAGUUCUUCGAGGACAUGAGGGAGGACGCCGUACUCCGUCUCCCGCAACCGCUUUUCCUCAGAAACUCCAGAGAGGAGUGGGAUGAUAAAGAAGAGGAGAGGCUUCACGGAGUGUCGAAGCAGGAGCAGGUGGACCAGCUGCUGAACAAGUGGUACCACAGUAAACCUGAACUAGAUGUCACCAGAAUGGCACACAGACCCAGGACCUGUGUGACCUGGGAGGACAGAGAAGGGAGGACUUUAUACUCGGAUGUCUAG